UGUUUAAGUUCAUGUCUGGUCUGGAUAACAGUCGUUCUGGAUAGAUAGCCCACAACCAUUUUCUUUUUCUCUUGAAAAUUAGAGAUAGGAAGGUGUCAAAGCUGAUUGAUGUACGCAAAUGGCUUCUUCUAUCACCUCUUCUUUCCAAACUAGCAGCUUGAGGUCCUUGUUUUUGGGUGAAAGAAAUGGGUUCUGUGUUUCCAGUGUUCCUGUAACUCGUGUUGGCUUUUUGAGGAAGACUAUAGAAUGUAAGGAGUCAAGAAUAGGGAAACAACCUAUCGAAGUUCCAUCCAAUGUGACAAUCACAUUAGAAGGUCAAGAUCUGAAAGUAAAGGGUCCUCUGGGAGAGCUAUCAAUUGCUUACCCACGUGAAGUGAAGGUUGAGAGGGAGGAGUCAGGGAUCCUAAAGGUCAAAAAGGCUAUGGAAACAAGAAGAGCUAACCAAAUGCACGGGCUUUUCAGGACACUAACUGAUAACAUGGUGGUUGGAGUAUCAAAGGGCUUUGAGAAGAAACUUCAAAUGAUUGGUGUGGGAUAUCGUGCGACAGUAGAAGGAAAAGACUUGGUAUUGAGUCUUGGGUUUUCUCAUCCAGUUAGGAUGACAAUCCCUGAGGGCUUAAAAGUGAAGGUGGAAGACAAUACCCGAAUCACUGUUAGUGGAUAUGAUAAAAGUGAGAUUGGUCAGUUUGCUGCUUCUAUUAGGAAAUGGAGACCCCCCGAACCAUAUAAGGGCAAGGGUGUGAAGUAUGCUGAUGAAGUUAUUAGAAGGAAGGAAGGAAAGGCUGGGAAGAAGAAGUGAGGAUUUUUUUUUUUUUCUUUUUUUAGGUUCCUUCAUUUUUGGUUAUCAAUAUGCACAUGCGGUGUUGAAUGUACUUAUAAUUCAAUUAAAGCAAUGCCUUGCAAUCUAUACAGUUGAAUUGAUUUGAUUUGAA